AUGGAGAAGGAUAAUGAAAAGAAGAGUCCUUGGGAAACACUUGAUUUUCGCCAACUCAAGCACACGAAUUCUCCGUUGUUCUCUACCGCCAUUUUCGCGGUCAUAAUCUUGCUCGUUGUCGCGGGAACAAUCCUCUCAAACGUGUCUCUAGAAUCAACUUUCUUUUGGGCUUCACCAACCUCUGAGGUAAUACAAAUUAACACAAUGGAGAGAAAAUCAUUGGCUCCUCUGAAGAACACUACAAGCAGAGACAGAAUCGCUUGGCUUCGUUCGCAUCUAACCGAAUUCGAGGUUUUCAAGUCAACUAACAUUUCAGAGCAGUUUCACAACAGAGUUCUUGAGUCUCUAGACGACAAAUGUGAGGUUAGAUUCUUCAUGACAUGGUUUUCACCAGCAGAUUUUUUCGGAAAGCGAGAACUUCUAGCUGUAGAAAGCGUCUUUAAAUCUCAUCCUCAAGGAUGCUUGAUGAUUGUAUCAGGAUCGAUGGAUUCUCAACAAGGAGAUAACAUCUUAAAACCGCUCCUUGAUCGCGGUUACAAGGUUUUCGCAGCCACACCAGACAUUUCAUUGCUUCUUGAAAACACACCGGCCAAAACUUGGUAUCAAGAAAUGAAAAGCUGCAGAAGAGAUCCAGGAAGGAUACCAUUAUCUCAGAAUCUUUCAAAUCUUGCAAGACUAGCGAUUCUAUACAAGUACGGAGGUGUUUACCUCGAUACCGAUUUCAUCGUCACUAGAAGCUUUAAAGGGUUGAAGAAUUCGAUAGGAGCACAAACAGUAGUGGAAGGAGAUUCAAAGAACUGGACAAGAUUAAACAACGCUGUUCUGAUCUUCGAGAAAGAUCAUCCGCUUGUUUACAGUUUCAUCGAAGAGUUUGCUUCGACUUUUGAUGGGAACAAAUGGGGACACAAUGGUCCUUACUUGGUAACCAGAGUAGUGAAGAGAGCACAAGAAACAAUUGGUAACAACUUCACAGUAUUGCCACCAGUAGCAUUUUAUCCAUUCAAUUGGAUAGACAUUCAAAGACUGUUUCAGACACCGAGGAGCAGUAAUGAUUCGACAUUACUCAAAGCCGAUCUGAUCAAGCUGAAGAAAGAAAGCUACGGGUUGCAUCUAUGGAACAAGAUCACUGGGAAACUUAAGAUCGGUAAGGGCAGUGUCAUAGACAUCAUAAUUUCAGAUCAUUGUGUUGUUUGCAAAGGAAUUCAAAGAUGA